AUGACCAACGCCAUCCGCGCCGACCGUGUCACCGUUGAGAAAAUAGAUAUCCGAGAUUUCAUUGGUUAUCUGAGAGUACCUACACUGGUAUCGCAUAGAGACCAAAAAUCAAUCGUUCAUCCUUCUCAAAAUAAUCGAUUUGAACCCCGGGGACAAUUUGCGUUGCAACUUGCGUGCAGCCUACGGUUUCCCGAGUGCCAGCAUGUGACGAUGCCCCUCCGCGUGUGCCAAUACAUCAUCCCUCGGGUCUCGGUUCUCAGCCGUGAAAGAAGCAGUUAA